AUGGCAAAGGUAGGUUCGGAAAAUCUUUAGUUUCCGAUAUUACUUUAGCUAUCAGCUAUCACUUAUCAAUUACUCAUUCCAAUCCGCACGGAUCCGGAGCCUGCCCCGCCCAGAGCGGGGCGGGGUCAUCCCAGCAUCCGAAAGCUCAAGUCCCCCCUUUUGAAUGCCCCAUUCAAGGCGCACAACGGCCGCCUGAAAGGACCGGGCUUGGAAACAAAAAACCGCAAUUCCUUCAAAGGACCGAAUUUUCAAAGGACUCCCCAACCCCAUGAAUGGAGGGCUGGGCGAUUGUAA